GAAUAUGCGAAUUUGACAGAACAAUUGCCAAAUUUUACAUUGUUGUUGACCAUUAUUAAUUUGUAAUCUGUUCAAAACUUAUAAACUAAAUUUUAAAAUUUAAAUUAUUAAUUCUUUAAUUAAAUGGAAUCAGAAAAUAAUAGUCAGAAAUCACCUACAGAAUCGCGUGAUCAAAUAUCAGCUGCAACAUCAACUAAAAAAGAGGAUGAUAAGUCACAAAAUGGUCAACAUAAACAAUCAUCUGAAAAAGUACUUGGAUGUGAUUUCUGCACUUCCUGGAAAAAGAAUUUGUCUACGCAUAAACAUCAUCAUCCCGAUGAAAACAAAUCGAAGAAUAGUCACAAAUCACAUUCACAGUCGCUUGAUGAAAGAUCAUCUGCAGUAUCAAGUGGAACACGUGACAAGUCACAAAAUUGUGAACAUAAACAAGCAUCUCAAAUAGCAUUUCGAUGUGAAGUUUGCAACUACAGCGCUUCCUUGAAGGGGAACUUGUCUAUGCAUAAACAAUGUCAUGCCGACGAAAAAAAAUCGAAGGAAUCAGCAGGAAAAUCUGAUAAACAAACCUAAAGGGCGGCGUGUAUUAUCUUGAUGAUGAGAAGAAAAACAGAUGAAAAUAAAAUAUUCUAAUUAAUUUUUUAAAAUUGAAAUUACAUUUUGAAUAUAUUUAGCACAAAAUUUUUCAAAUGAACUUUAUUUAGUUAUUUAUUAUUUUUUUGAAAAUUUAAUGAAAGAAUUUUUCAAAAUUCAAUACUUUAUUCGUAUUGAAGUCUUAAUUUCUCUGAAAAUAUUGAUAUUAAUUCAUGAUUAAUAAAAUUUUUAUUCAAA